GAGAGAGUGUGUGCGGUGGUUACUGUCUCUAGACAAUACUUCGGAGUCUUCUCAAAAAGCCGGGAACAGAAGAGUUUCGGACGCGUGCGGCGUUGCUGAAUCAGAGAGGAACACAUCGCUGCAGCUGGCGGGAGAUGGCCGGGUUGAAAGUUUGGUCGCACUGGCGUUCACAGGAUCGGUGGGGAUGACGAUGCUCAUCUUGGCUUGUGCUCUACCAAGUUACGGAACUUGGUAUCCUUUCAUCAACGUGGUUUUCUACAUGCUGGCGCUACCUCUCAUCCUCAUCGUGAGAAAUUCACGCGACGCAAUGAGCUCGGUUAGCACGAGACAAGAAGUUUCGCUAUUCCUCACAGCCGUGCUCUUGGUGUCUGCAUUUGCUCUUCCCGUGAUUCUGGCGCGUGUGCCAGAAGACCCGAAACUUAUCCAGUGGAGCGCUUGCGGCCUCACCCUGCUGGCGAACGUCGUCGUUUUCGGGACCAUCAUAGGUUUCUUCGUGUCCUUCAGCGGGAGUGAUUCUGACUAUUCCACGUGGUGAUCGACCGAAUGUAGUUGCCCUGUAUACUAUGUAGCCCCGACUCGAUGAGCCUAUCGGACGUGUAUAUUUAUAAGAAUAAGUAGGUACUUUUCACGGUCUUCAAUUGCCCGGACUGGGACGAGGAGUCCAUUCCUAUGCAGUAUGAGAAGGUUGAGGGGCCCAGGGAGGUUGACAUUUUCAUCUCCUUGUGACGGAAAUCAUGAAAGGACUCGUCGAUUUAGGAAACCCCCCAGCCGAGCAGUGAUCAGCAUCGGGAACCUCUAGAGCCGACUCCAUUGCCGAGAUCCCUCUCGAUAGCCAGAUGGGUAUGAAAAUUUCCGAAUCCUUGGCACCCGACCUCAUCUGUCGGGAGAAUUCACAUCCUAAGGUCACGUGGAAACCGGGGAUGAAUCUCGGAACUCUCAACGAAGAGAAAUUGUCGCAGAUGGGACGAGGUGAAUAAAACACAAAUCUUCAGCAC